UCUCCUCCGGCCGUCCGCCCGAUCCGCCGCCGAUGGAUAACAUUCUCGAUGAGUAUCUGAAAUAUUGGGAAACGGACAUGUUUCUGCUGACGGAAGACUCCGGCAGCGGCGGUUGGGGACUGGAGGAAGCAUUUUACAGUGCUUACAAUUCGAGCUCGCCGGACGGGAAGGUGUCGCCGUCGUCGCCGUCGGAGGCGUCGAAGAAUAUCGUAUCGGAGAGAAACCGGAGAAAGAAGCUUAACGAUAGGCUUAUUGCUCUCCGAGCUGUGGUCCCCAAUAUCACCAAAAUGGACAAGGCGUCAAUAAUAAAAGAUGCCAUCGUAUACAUCCAAGAGUUGCGAGCGGAAGAGAAGAGAAUCGAAACAGAGAUUUCCGAUCUGGAAUCAAGCGUAAACAACAAUGGAUCAAGAACCACAAAUCAAUGGAACGACGAAAACGGAGAUCGAAUUUGGACGAACAUGAAAUGGAAUCGGCAAACAACUGACGCUUCAUCGUCUUCCUCAAUCGAAGUUCUCGAUUUGAGUGUGAAUUACGUGGGCGAGAAGGUGAUGGUGGUGAGUUUGACAUGCUUACGUCGAGGCAACACAAUUUUGAAGGUUUGGGAAGUGAUUGAAUCGCUGAAGUUGAAGAUCAUUACCGCUAAUAUCAGUGUCUUCGCAAACAAGCUCUUGAACACGCUCUUCAUUGAGGCCGAGAGAGAAGAAGAAGAGGAAUUGAAGGUACAAAUAGAAACUGCCAUUGCACAUAUGGGUUGA